CUCCACUAAGGAAAAUGGCUUCAGGCAGUCUUUUGUCUCAUACGUGCACCAGAUUCCCAGAUCGGGCAAAUGCUUGAAAUCUCAAUAUCUGAAUUGAGAAACACAGUGACAGAACUGGAAAAGAGACUUAACAGUGUUGAAGAUGAAGGUAAUGAAUGGAAAACCAGAUACGAGACACAAGUAGAAUUGAAUAGACAGCUAGAAAGACAAAUUAUUAAACUUCAAGACAAGAUGGAGCUUUUUCGUGGAAAUCCAACAGGUAAAAAUAAAUUGUCCUCUGUUCGUACCUUUGAUCAAAUGCCCCUGGGUUCCUUAAAGCAGCUCCUUAAGCAACUAGAAGAAGAAAAGAAAAGUCUCCAGAACCAGCUAAAAGACUAUGGACUUAGACUGGAACAAGAAGCCAAGGCUUACCACAAAGCCAAUGAUGAGCGGCGCGUGUACCUCUCAGAGAUCUUACAGAUCUCAGCUACGCUUAAAUUUCUUGAAAGGCAAAAGCCUGAUGCAAUGACAGGGAAGAAAGAAAACAAGAUACUGAAAGGAAGGUGCAGUGUUCCAGGAAACCAGAAGAUGGUUGAUCCGAAAAAAGGAGCAAUUAAAAAGACUGUAGGAGUGAAGCAGCUUCCAAAACUAAAGGGCUGAUUUAAUGUUCUUGCCAAGAACUUCCAAUCACUUUUAUUCUUGUUUUUAUAUGUUUAACUAGAAGUUUCUGAAUUGAAAAUGAACAUUUUUGUGCUGUAUUAUGGUAACAAACCCAGACUGGCAUAUCUUCUUGGCAGCCUUAGAGUACGCUGACUCUUUGCUUAAUGGAAUUGUUCUUCUAGUUGCUAUCUCUGUUCUAGUA